ACGUUCUCCAUCACUAUGCACUCUGCACAUAGCUGUCUCUUACUCUUUAUCGCUUUUUAGUGCUUAUAACAAUCCCCGCGCUCCUGCCGGAAUUAUGACGACUCAACACCCGGUGGAGUUCGACGCUGACUCCAUCGCUUCUUCUCCUCGCUCCGACCAUUUUCACGAACCCUUGCCCCGUGUCCGCUUCAUGUGCAGCUUCGGUGGCAGGAUAUUACCCCGCCCCCACGAUAACCAGCUCCGAUACGUCGGUGGAGACACCCGAAUCGUCGCCGUCAAUCGUUCCAUCUCUUUCUCCGGUCUCCUCCUCAAGCUCUCCAAGCUCUCAGGCACUACCAAUAUAACAGUGAAGUACCAGCUUCCCAAUGAGGAUCUAGACGCGUUGAUUUCCGUGACGACGGACGAGGACGUGGAGAACAUGAUGGAGGAGUAUGAGAGGGUAGCGCAGAAUCAGAACCCGAGGUCGGCUCGUCUCCGGCUAUUUCUGUUCGUUAAGGGAGAAGAUUCUAGAGCCGGCAGUAUCAGCUCCUUACUGGACGGCUCUGCCAACCGCGAGAGCUGGUUUGUCGACGCCCUCAAUAGCGGCGUAGACAGGCUUGAACGGGGCCGUUCCGAGGCGUCGUCCAUGAUUUCUGAAGUUCCUGAUUAUCUCUUCGGGUUGGAAAACUCCGACGAGGCCCAAAUCCGAGAACCAAGGUCGAAACUCCGACCGGUUGUCAAUGACAGCGUCUCCUGUUCGGAUCCUGGGUCGCCUGCUCCGGCUGUAUCCUCUCCGUUUUGCUCCACCUCAUCGGCUCCGAAUGUGCCGUCCAUGCCAAACCUCCCACCGGUUAAAACCAAACCGGAUAACCCAGUUCCUGUUGUUGAAUCGAAAGAAUAUCACAUUGAUGGUUUUCAACCCGGAAAUCCAGCCGGUCAGGCACCUCACUACCCCUUGGAUUCUACUUAUCCGGGUCAUUCUGUACAGCCAGUUCCAGUUUAUUACUAUCCGGGUCCGAUUCCGGUUCAGCACGGGCAGGUGCCAGUCCAACCGGUAACAAUUCAGGCGCCUUAUAUGCAGCCAUACCCGGCGGUGGUGCCAGCUCAGGUGCCAGUGGGUUAUCACCAAGUGGUUACAGGUUCGGCCCAAGCAUACGCCGGAGGACUGAGACCCGUCGGUGGGAUGCAUCCAUACGAAGCGGCGCCGACGGUUCUUCCUGAUAGCAUGAGGCAGCAAGCGUAUCAAGCAGUGCCGAAUUCCGGAGGUGCCACUGUUUAUUCGGUGAUGGCAAUGGCCAGCGGGGACGAAUCGCAGAGACCCGGAAAUGAAUACGGAACGGUUCGGGGCACCAACAUGGAAUGAUUGGGCCACAACAUGUGAUGAAAUCAAAUUAUUUGAAGUGGAAAUAUAUAAACAGCUGUGAGGGUUGAGUUUAAAAAAAAAACACGAAAAUAAAAAAAGAUUAUUGUGAUUAAAUUUAAGUUUUGUGCAAAGUUUGGCAGAAUUCUGUACAUAUAUUGGAAGAACUUAAUAAAUGUAUGCAAGAAAGGUUUGGUUCUGUUCUGUAUCAA